UUGAUCGGACGUAUAAAAAAAAAAAAAUUUUUUAAAAUAAAAUAUUGUUAUUUAGUUUAAGUUUUAUUAUUUUUUUUUCAAAAAUAAUUUAAAAAUUAAAUAAAAGAAUAAUAAUAAAGAAAAUUAAUAUAAAUAAAAAUUUAAAGAAUUAUAAUUAAAUUUUAUGAGUAUUAAAAAAAAAGUUCGAAUAUUUCCGGAAUUGUGAUUGAGAUUUUAAAAUAAUUAAAAAAAGAUAUUCAAAAAAAUUAAUAAAAUUAAAAAAUAAAAAAUAAGGAAUUUUUUUAAAGGAUAACAUUAAAAAUCAAUAUUUUUUUGUUUGUAUUUUACUCAAAUUGGAAUAAAAAAUUAAUUUUAAUAUAGAAAGAAAAUAAUAUAACGUUAUAAAUAUGAUAAAUAUGAAUCUAGGUCGAUAUUAUGACUAUUAUGUAUUAGGUAUUUUAACAAUCGGUUAUAUAUUAGGAGAAUUAGGGCAUUAUCUAAUUGGUGUUACAUCAAAACAAACAGCAAUUGAAUUAGAUUAUGGUGAUCAUGCUUGUCAACAAAAUCAUACAGAAUAUGCAACACAUAUGCUGCCAACAGCAUGUUCUAAAGCAAUGAAUGAAUCAAGUUGUUACGAAUUAAUAAUUGACGAUGCACCAUAUUGUGAAUGGAAUUAUAAUGGACUUGGAAUUGCUUAUCAAUUAUUAGCUGGACCAGCUUUUAUAUUCGUUUUUACAAUAGCUGGUGUAUUUUUAGGAUUUGCAGCUGAUAAAUAUCACAGAGUUAGACUUUUAACUAUAUGUGUUUUAGUAUUUUCGGUUGCUAUUAUUUUACAAGGUUCCGUUCAAACUUAUUGGCAAUUAGUUAUUUUAAGAAUGAUAAUGGCAGCUGGUGAAUCUGGAUGCAAUCCAUUGGCAACUGGAAUAAUGUCAGAUAUUUUCCCAGAAAAUAAACGUGCUUUAGUAAUGGCAAUAUUUAAUUGGGGUAUUUAUGGUGGAUAUGGUAUCGCUUUCCCAGUUGGUCGUUAUAUUACAAAAUUAAAUAUUGGUGAUUUGGGUUGGCGUGUAUGUUAUUAUGGUACUGGUGUAUUAGCUGUUAUAUUUGGUAUAUUAACUGGUACAACAAUAAAAGAACCUGAACGUAAAUCAAUUGGUGAAAAUGAAAAUAAUAAAGAUAGUGAAACAAAUGUAUCAUUAGUUAAAGUAUUAUUACAACCAAGAAUGGUUUUAUUAAUGAUAGCCGCAUCAAUACGUCAUUCUGGUGGAAUGACAUUUGCAUAUAAUGCCGAUUUAUAUUAUAAUCAAUAUUUUCCGGAUGCUGAUUUAGGAUGGUGGUUAUUUGCAGUUACAAUUGGUAUUGGUGGUAUUGGUGUUGUUGUUGGUGGUAUUGUUUCAGAUAAAAUUGUAUCAAAAAUGGGUAUUAGAUCAAGAGCAGCAUGUUUAGCAUUAAGUCAAUUGAUAGCAACUGUACCAGCAUUUGGUUCUGUUUAUUUUGGACCAUUAUGGGCAAUGAUAACAUUAGCAUUAAGUUAUUUCUUUGCUGAAAUGUGGUUUGGUAUUGUAUUUGCUAUUGUUGUUGAAAUUGUUCCAUUGAAAUUCCGUUCAACUACAAUUGGUGUAUUUUUAUUUGUAAUGAAUAAUAUUGGUGGUAAUUUACCAAUAUUAGUUGAUCCAGUUGCAAAAUUAAUUGGUUACAGAGGUGCUAUUAUGAUAUUUUAUGCUGGUAUGUAUGGUAUCAGUUCAAUAUUAUUCUUUUUGGUAAUGUUCCUAUUAGAUGGUAAAACAACAACUUCAAAUGAUAAACAAGUUGAUAAUCAACAGCAACAACAAAAAGAUAGAAAUAUUUUAAGUAAUAAUGGUGGUAUACCAUUGAAUGGUUUAACUGGACAUGAUAAUAAAGUAUUUAUGAAUGAUGAACAUUUAAAUCAACAUAAUAAUCCUGAUCAUCACAAUAAUUAUAAUAUGCAACACUUUUUAAAUCAACAACCACCACCAUAUUAUAACAUUAAUAAUUCAUCACCAAAUGGUCAUAACAGUAGUAAACCAUAUUCACAUGUUAAUUCAAUAACAAUUGAUAUUCACGGACAAGAAAAACCUGGACCAUUAGAUAGACCACCAUUUGAAAGUAGUAAACUGUGAUGAAUUUUUAAAAGUUUUAUUAUUAUUUUGUGAAUAAUUUUAUUAUUUUUUUUUUUUUUGUUAUAAAUAUCUUCAUAUAGAUAUGUUUUGUAUAGUAUUAGAAAAACAAUAAUAUUUUUAUGUUCAGUGCCUCUUAAUUAUAUUAUUAUUUUGUCCGUUAUCAAAAUAUCAUAAUAAUUAUAUUGCAUAUAAAUCGUAAUACAUAAAUACAUACAUAUUAUUAUUCAUAUGUAUGAAUUGUGAAUAUUUAAGAAUAUAAUAAUAUACAAAAAUUGUUAAAAAUUCAUCUCUUUCCCACCAUAUUGUAUUAAUUUUAUAAUGUCCUGGUUCACAUUCUCUUCAGUUGAAUGAAUUUCUUGAAAUUUUAAGAAACUAUGAGUAACAAAAAUGUUGUUAAAAAAUUAUUUUAAAAAGUUGUUUUGACUAUUUAUAAUAACAAAAUGAUUGAUAAAUAAAACCAGUGAUACAAAAAUGUUACAUUACAACUUCACACUACAAACAAAAAUUUUAAACGAUGGUAACUCUAAAAUUAAUUAAAAUAUUUUAAAAAUUGUAAUAAUUACUUAUUGAAAUAUAUUGAAAUAUCAAACAAUACAAAUUGUUAUAAAAAAAAACAUUUAUAAAUUUCAUAUUUUUUAAAAAAUGAAAUAUAAAGAAUGAACAAUGAAAAGUUGACAAUCGCGGAAUAAGCAAAAAAAGACACGUAGUUAUGUUUUAAGCGUUAACAAAAAAAAAAAAAUUCAUAAAUAUUUGAAAAGUCAUGAAAAUUUUACCAAAAUAAUUUUUAUACAUAAUUAUUAUUAUAUCGUUGAGGAAGACAUAACAUUUUCAAUCUUGAUAUCAUAAACAUUAAUUUUAUUUACACGGCAACUCUUAUUUCAAUAUUUGGCAUAAGUUUCAUUUCCCGAUGCAUUUUAUGCACAAAAUUAUUUGGUUCAGCAAAGGUAAGGGAAAUGUAUGUAUGUUACAAUUGAUAUAAGAGUCAUUUGUGUCGAAUAAACAGAGUUAAUGGUAUUAUAAACACAAACCAAUAUAUGAAUUUAGUUCAUGUCCAUGAUACAUCCUCCAUUAUUUAAAAUGUCUAUUAUUUCUUCUAUUACUUGCUUAUUCCUAUUUGAUAUUUUCCAUUAAAUUUCUGGAAAAAACAUUUUUUCUAAAAAUUUAAAAUAAUUUAAAUUA